CCGAAGUCCAUUAAUAGUAUCAGUAAUCUCUCUUGUUACUGCUGAAACUCUAACUUCAGCAGACAUGCCGGAAUUGAUUACGAGUUGCAAAACACCAUUGAUAGUCUUCAUUUCCCUAACUUUUCUUCUUAUACUGUAUCUAUCUCCUUAUAACAAUCACCAUUUCAUCAUCAACACUGGUCACACCUUCUCUUCGUCUUUCAGUUUGUCCCAAACACCAAAAGAUUUCUCUUCAGCUUCUCCUUUAUUAGCUUCAACCACUACUAAUGAAGUUGACAGCAGGUUUCUUCCAAAAGAGAGACUUACUAGUUUGGAGAGAGUUGAAGAUGACCUCGCAAGAGCUAGGGGGGCAAUUCGGAAGGCAGCUCGAACACGUAAUUACACAUCUAACAAAGUGGAAGAUUUCAUUCCUAGAGGAUCAAUCUAUAGAAAUCCAUACGCUUUUCAUCAAAGCUAUAUUGAGAUGGAGAAGACAUUCAGGAUUUGGACAUAUAAAGAAGGUGAAGUGCCCAUGGUACAUGAUGGACCGCACAGCACACUGUAUUCAAUAGAAGGCCAAUUUAUUGACGAAAUGGAGAGGGAUGAAAACCGAUUUGCAGCUGGAAACAUGGAUGAAGCCCAUGCGUUCUUCCUUCCUUUCAGUGUAGCCAAUAUGGUUAGAUCUCUGUACGAACCUCCUUCUGGUAUCCGUGUUCCCUACAUUCAUGUGGUUGCAGAUUAUGUUCGGGUUGUGUCAGAGAAAUACCAUUAUUGGAACCGAAGCAGUGGGGGUGAUCAUUUUAUGGUUUCAUGCCAUGAUUGGGCACCUGCUAUAACAAGGGAAACCCCUAACCAGAUAUUCAAGAAUGUUAUUAGGGUUCUUUGCAAUGCAAAUUCAACCGAAGGCUUUCAACCAAAAAGAGAUGUGUCUUUGCCAGAAAUUUACCUUGUAGCUAGAACUCUUGCUACUGCAACACAGUUUCGUAAAGAUGGAGUAAAUCAUCCAAUACUUGGUUUCUUUGCUGGUGGUGCUCAUGGGGCCAUAAGAAAGAUGCUAAUUGAGCAUUGGAAAGACAAAGAUGACGCAUUACAGGUUCAUGAAUAUCUUCCCAAGGGACAAGAUUACGGUGAAUUAAUGGCUCAAAGCAAAUUUUGUUUGUGCCCAAGCGGAUAUGAAGUUGCAAGUCCCAGAGUUGUGGAGGCAAUUCAUGCAGGUUGUGUUCCGGUGAUUAUCUCUGAUCACUACGUUCUCCCAUUUGGUGAUGUGCUUGAUUGGAGUGAGUUCUCGGUACAGAUUCCAGUUGAAAAAAUACCAGAGAUGAAAACAAUGUUAUUGUCAAUAUCAGAUGAAAAGUACCAUAGACUUCAGAAGAAUGUUAGGCUAGUUAAAAAACAUUUUAUUAUUAAUCGUCCUGCGCGACGGUUUGAUGUUUUUCACAUGACCCUUCAUUCAAUUUGGCUAAGGCGUCUAAAUUUUCAUUUACCUGCUUGAACUACAU